GCGCGGAGAGCUGCUUGUCGCGACCGUUGCCGUGCGGUCCUUGCGGACCCGCGUCCCUCUGCUCCGUGGGCGAUGGAUGUGUCGAGGGGCUUCUUCGGCAAACUGCGCUCCCUGGCCCUCACUCUAGAGAGGGAGGCGAAGCAGCUGGAGCGGGCGCUGCGCGGGGAGGACGCGGACUAUGAAGAGGAAUCUCCGAUGAGGGUUUUGCACGACCUACACUGCGAAAUCAGGGCUCUGAAGGAAGAUGCUAAUGCUGCUCUUGGCAAGAGUUCCUCUGAAAGGCAAGAAAUUAAUGACUUUAUGAAGGCAAGUGAGAUAUUGAUGCAAAGAAAUGCAGCGGAUCUUGCAAAAAUAAGAGAGCUAUUCCAGAAAUACGGCUACAAACCACCCGUCGAAGUCCCUACAGAGGAGCAACAAGAGGAGGCGAAUGGUGAUUCGAAGGCAUCUGACCAGAGUAAAUCUGAUCAGGAAGAAGCAGAUGAUGCACCUCCUCUUCCUGCCUGUGCUGAGAACCCUCCUGUGCCCGGAGACCCGCUGCGGAGCCCCCAGCUUUCUGAUUUCGGCCUAUCACAGUAUGCUUUCUCCAGGCCCUGGAGUGCAUUACAUGGACAACAACGUGCAGCAAACGCCAGUCAAGAAAAUGCAAAGCACACAACUCCCCAGAAAACGCAGGCCGCCUGUGUUCUGCCCAAAACACCCAAAUGCAUGCUAAAGAUGGACGACUUUGAGUGCGUUACACCGAAACUGGAACACUUUGGCAUUAGUGAACACACCAUGUGUAUGAAUGAAGAUUACACCAUGGCACUUAUUCAUAAAACUGCCCAGUCAAACAACUUAGUUAAAAAAGGCGACGAUGAAGUGAAUGUAGCAAAAAAGCCACCCAGGGAAAUGGCAGUUACUCCUGAGCCAAAAACAAAAGCAGCAGAUGAGAGCGCAGCAGACUGUAUGGCUUCUCCUAUGAUACCCGUGUUCUGCACACCUGGUGUGAAAAUCCCUCCCCGAGCAGACAGUGCAGCGUUAGCCAAGUCACCAGAAAGAGACAAAGUGCCUCUUCCCAGCCAUGCAGCAACGCCGCCACCUCCGGAUUUUGAAGCCAGGUGGAUGACAAGAGAACUUAUGGAAAUGCAAGAGGAGAAGAUCAUGUUGGUGACCAAAAACAAUGCAACAGAGAAACAAAACAUAGAAGACGGCAUUCCUUCUGCUGUGAGCUCUGAUGAGUACCUCAAACAUUUGGGGAACCCAUCUCCUCCCAAAAUAAAACAGUACGACCAUUUACUCAGCACUCCUCCACCUCCAGAAAUAACAAGGAUACCAGAUGAUGUACUACAGAUUCUGUCAAAGUAUAACCAUAAAGUGGACUCUUCUAUAUCUAAGAAAAUGGAGACUAAGGCAGGAGAUGCUGCAGGAUUUGGAAGUGAUUUCAGUGAUUACUGCAACAAAGAGAACAGAGGAUAUCCUGAUUUUUUCAAGUCAGACAUUUGAAAUCAAGCUGAAGACUAUUUCACAUUCAUGGAUCUUAUCAGUGAACCAUGGGGAGCUCAAAAAGCAAGAAAGAAAUACUGUGAGGAAGGACCCACAAAAGGAAAAUCCCUUUUUUUUUCUGGAGAAAACUUGAUGUGUAUUAACUUGCUUGAACUAACAAUUGUGUGGUUUAAUUUUGUGAUUAAAAUUAGUAGCAAAGUAGAUUGGGUUUUGGUUGUUCUAAUAUUGCUU